AUGGAUAGAUUGAGGAAAGAUGAUCUGACGAUACAAACCUCUAUGAAGCAUGUUUACAAUGAGAUGGCCAAGAUAAAAUGUGAUGAAAUGGAGGGCAUGACUAUGAUGCAUAACUUUCAACAAGGCGAGUAUCGAUAUUGGCAUCGCGUCGAUAGUGAAAAGAGCAACACAAUAACAAAUGUUAUGUUUGCAUGUCCCGAAUCUAUUAAGUUACUACGGCUAUUCCCGUAUGUUAUAUUGAUGAACUGCACAUACAAAACCAAUAAGUAUGGAAUGCAUCUUUUGGAAAUAAUUGGGAUAACUCCAGUUGGGAGGAAUUUUACGGUUGAUGUUGCAUUUAUGUCGCAUGAACAUGCAGACACCUACGAGUGGACUUUGAAUUGUUUGAGAGAGUUGCUAGAUCUUGACAGACAGGGAGUUGGAAAUGUUGAGGCAAAUGCGACGAAAUUUAUGGGAGGCAACAAAGACCAAGGUCUAAAAUUCCGACGUGUGUUGUGGGCUAAGCUGGUGAAAUCAGAAACCGAAGAAGAGUAUCAUUACAAUUACAAUGAAAUUGUUGGACGGGUGGAGAGUACUCAUUCUUCUGCGAAGGGUUGGUUAAAUGCUUAUGUCGGAGGUCUGGAUAACGUGCAAGGUAAACUUCGGGACCAAGUUUAUAUCCAAAUUAGUCAGCUGAAGUGCGAUUUUUCAUUAUCAUCCAAGAUAAGGAAGCAUACUGCAUCCCGACCGCGUUUUCAGGGUUUGAUUUGUUAUGUUACGCAUCUGGCAUUAGAGAAAUUGGAUCAAGAGAUGGAGUCCCCGGCGAUGCAAGAUCCGAGUAUUUUCACACACUGUCUUUGGAAUACUCAUGGGCUCCCUUGCGCGUGCAAAAUUUUGCAGAAAAUGGAAGAUAAUGACACGUUCGUCAUUUCAGACUUGCAUCCAUUCUGGAGUACCAUGGCAGUUGAACCUUCGGAGCUACCUGAGUAUCAAGUAAACCGCGAGGCGAUUGUGGAUAGACAGAUUGAUGAUCUGAAUUGCAAUUUGAAGAAGAUGAAUUACACGAGUAAGAUAAAUAUUGUGGCAUCAUUGUGUGGCAUCGCUUAUCCGUCUACGUCGCAUCUGUCCGAGCCAUCAUUUGUUAAGACCAAAGGACGACCAAAGAAUAACUCGACAAAGAGAGACCCUUCCGGAUGGCAGUAUCAUAUUGAUGAGAAGACAAUUAAGUCGUCUUGUGGUUCCAAGGAUCGCCAAAUCUCAUCUGGUGCAAAGAUUCCUAAAGCAAAGGUUGAGAGAAGCACUGAUGGAACGCCUCAAUCUAAGAUGAAAGGUCGUGGUUCUCGUAUUCCCACACAAGAAUUUGCUGCCCCUACGAUACCUGCACAUGAAGGAAUCGACUUUUAUUCUUUUGUGCUCAGAUUUAUUGUCUGUCUUAUUCAAGAUUAUGUUAACGUCAUGGCUGAUGGCAACUGUGGGUACCGGUGCGUUGCUCAAGCCGUGUACGGGGAUCAAGAAAGAUGGCCGCAAGUGAGAGGGGAGUUGCUUAUUGAGUUAUACGAGCAUGCUAAAGUGUACAUGACGAUGUUUGGCAGUACUGGAUACGCUGAGGUCAUACGCAAGUGUGACUGA